UCUUGGCAGACGCUCCGCAGCUCCCUCUGCCCCCAAUCCACAGCUCCCGCUUUCGCUUUCCGGGGGCCCCUCCUUUCCCCAAACUGGUCCUGCAGCGUCUCUGGACUCUCCCCCUCCCCCAGUUCGCUUCAUCUCUGCAGAAAAGACCACAGUUCCGGCGGGGAGGGGAGGGCCAGCACUAUUCUGAGGCUGUGGAAAACGAAGGCUUCUAGAAUGUGAGUCAGGGGCCCCGUGCUUGGGGCAGCGGCCAGAGCACCGGGGAUUUUCAGAGCUCUCCAAGGUUUUUCACUGUGCGACCUGGAUUGGCCUCCCAAGGAUUGGAUAAUUAAUCUCCAGCUCUUAAAAAGCACGCACGCAAAUGCAGGCACACGAAGGGCAGCGGCUCCCCGGCCCGGCCCGGCCCGGCCCAGGGCAUCUGCGCAGGCUCCCCCGCCCAGCGUGCCCGUCUAGAGCAGUCGGUGGUGAGAGCGAUGUGUCUGCAGGCAGAUACGGAGUGAAUGUGAGGGACACCCAGAAGCCACAGGACAGCGCUCCACACACCUGCGUGACCCUGUGUCCACGCCCCCUUGACGUGACCCUGUCCACACCCCCUUGACCGCCCCAGCCACAGCCACCCCGGCCACCACUUCCUUGCACUGCGAUGCACUCGGAGCUGCUGGGGCGUCUGUGACUCCAGGUCGCAGGGUUCCUGGACUCCGGAGCUGUGUUGCAAGGCCGAUGUGACCCUUCCCAUGCCAGGUUUUUGUGACCCAAACACAUCCGCUGGGAGUGAGCAUUGUGCUUUUGGGUCAGGAGGCCAAGCUAUUUGGAUCUGGGAGCCAGGAGCCGGGUUCACUAGAGGGGAAGAACUUUGACAGGGCCCUACCUGCCGAGGGCCGCGAGAGCUUGCUGUGGACUACAGUCCUGCACAACGACCCUUCAGUAAGGAGGGACUCGGGCAGGAGAGGCAUCUCGAUGCUGUGUGUUCCACCUUGUGAAGCUGCACCUGGGUGCUGGGGAAUGUGAUUCCUGAGAGACAGAAUCAUCAUUUCUGACCAACAAACAAGCCCGAACCUGACGAUAUGGAAUGCUGAUGGCUGUUCGGCCCCGGAGACCUCUUAGCAUCUGAGCUGUGACUGAGGUUACCAACCAGAGGGUCUCUAACCCACACAGAAAUGGCUUUGCCAACGAAGAGGCUCCUGUAUGUUUGCCUGCUGACGGUGGUGCUGUAUGUGUGCUUCAACCUGGAUCCUUUUAAAGGAGGGCCCUUUAUUUUUAAGAAAAACUCUGGGCAAUUCCUCCAGCUCCCAAAUAUCAACUGCAGGCAGAAUCCCCCCUUCCUCCUUCUGCUGGUGACAUCCGCCCCUCAGCAGAUGAUGGCUCGCACGGCCAUCCGGGAGACAUGGGGCCGUGAGCAGGAGGUGAGAGGAAAACAGGUAAGAACGUUCUUCCUCCUGGGGACCACGGCCAGUGAGGACGAGAUGAUGGCGGUGGCCCAGGAGAACCGGCAGCAUGGGGACAUCAUCCAGAAGGACUUCAAGGACGUCUACUUCAACCUGACCUUGAAGACCAUGAUGGGCAUGGAAUGGAUCCACCGCUUCUGCCCUCAGGUGGCUUUCGUGAUGAAAACAGACACGGAUAUGUUUAUAAACGUGAAGUAUCUGACCGAGCUCCUGCUGAAGAAAAACAGAACGGUGGGGUUUUUCACGGGCUACUUGAAGCCCAAGGACCUUCCGAUCAGGAACAAGUUCAGUAAGUGGUACGUCAGUCAGUUUGAGUAUCCCUGGAGCAAGUACCCACCCUUCUGCUCCGGCACUGCCUACGUCUUCUCCAGCGACGUGGCCAGUCAGGUGUACAACAUCUCCGAGAGCGUCCCGUUCAUCAAGCUGGAAGACGUGUUUGUGGGGCUCUGCCUGGCCAAACUGGGGAUCCAGCCGGAGGAGCUGCACUCCCAGCAGACCUUCUUCCCCGGGGGGCUGAGCUUCUCCGCCUGCCGCUUCAGGAAGCUGGUGGCCUGCCACUUCAUCAAGUCUCAGGAUCUACGUGUCUACUGGCAGGCGCUGGAGGAUUCCAAGGAGGAAGACUGUAGGGACGUCUGAGAGGGGAGGGGCUGGGGCACAGUGGUCAAGCUUCAGGGAACCCAUGGGGAUGGCUGGGGGAAGUGGAAGGUCUGGCUGGCAUCGCCCCCGGGGCCUGGGUGCCUCUACCCUGGGCAUCCAGAUGCAGCAAAUGAAUGCACUUCCAUGCAGCCGUUGUGGCUUCCCACCCGCAACCCAGCACAGACGGCUCCAGAGUACCCACGUGAGGUCUGUGUUUGACACACACGUGCAUUCGCUCACUUACGGCUCGCGUCUGUAUGAAGCUGUGGACUCUGUCAUUCCUCUUUCAGAUAAGGCAAAACCAGCCGAAGAGGCACAGUUACUCAUCCCAAAACUCAUGGCCCUCAGAUGCCCAGGCGGGACUGGAAACCCAUGCUAUCUGAGUCCGGCUGGCAGCCCCCAGCUUAGCCCACGGUGUCCUGGGAGAGGAUGCUAGUGACAGACUCUGAGGAAGCAUCUCAGCUGCUCCUGCUCCUACUCGGAGCCUUUUUAGUGCUGAGUCCGGGGACCAACCACUCCCCACACUGAAAUGAUGUAGCUGGAUGCUGGGUGCUGGGUCCCCCUUAGCAGCUCUGGGCUGUACCUCCCGAAGCAUGUCUCAGAAGACCUGUCUGCCCACAGUCUCUGUCCCUGUCCUCGGCUCCAGAUGCACUGAUAACGUCACAUGCCAGGUUGGAAGCCACUGUCAAGCCUGGCCUUGACCGUACUGCUGACCUCCCCAGCCACUGGCACAGCUGGUCUCUGGAUAGCUGGUGUCCUUUGUCAUGCAUUGAUGGGCACUGAGGGAGCACUUCAGGUUCCUGAACUCCAACUAAAGGGCACCUGGGCUCCAGGCACCAUCUAUACAGGCUGCCAGGGCUUCUCUGGGUUUCCACGGGUCUGGGUUGAGCUGCUCUCAGGGACUUAUGGGGCGCAAAGCACCAGGGGCCAGGGCUGGCUCCCUGUGCCUCUGUCCCAAGCCUGGCUCCAGGUCACGUGCUGAGCUUGGAGCAUGGUGAGGAGCCGCUAGUGCCCUGGCCUGCAGUUGUUUUUUCUCUUCCUGGAGAUGCCUGUGAGCCUGUUUCCCAAGGCCGUGUGGUGUGUUUGUGCAAGUUCCUGCAGCCUUGCAAGCACUGUCACAAGGUGAGCUUGUGACUGAGCCCUGGGACUGAUCCAGUAGGAAGCAGAUGCCAUCCUGCUGUGCCACUGAGCUGACGGGCUCCCUGCGCACUGCCUCUGUUGGGGAGGCUGCCACCAACAUCCCUGGUGUUAGGAUGAGGCUGAGGCAGAGGGUAAGGUGGAGCUACAGGUUCUGUGAACAAAAAGUAGCAAAAGUGCCUGUCACAAACCUGCCCUGGCCUCCCCAUGUCCUAGUGUCCCCGGGCCUGUGGGACUCAUGACACCAGCUACUCCAGCUGCAUUUGGGGGAAUUUUCUCCGAGUGCCCAAGCCAUGACACCCGCCUCAGGCUCUACAGAGAGCCCCUCGGGGUUUUGGACUUGUCUCCCAGCUCCUCUGGGAGCCUUGAGGUUAAAAUCCUUGCACCGGUCCUCACUCGUGCCCCCCAAUAGUGUCCCACCCACAGGUCACCCCUUAAUACACAAAGAGCUGCUAUUUCCAUGUCAAAAUAACUCCUCCAACACUCACCUCCCUGCCCCCCCCUCCCCCAGGCCUUUCUGAUUCCUCGUAGUGAAGCCUGCCUGCCAGUGACACCCUGUUCUGAGUCCCAUUCAGGAUCCCAGCUCCACUCAGAUGGCUCCUUAGGGGGCGGUGACCCUGCAAUGCUGGUACCCAGCAUGACUCCCCAUCCUCAGGACAGUGCUGCCCCCAACACCCUCUCGCUCAGCUCUGUGACCAUGUGUGUCCUCGGCCUCCCUUGUCCUGGCCAAUGCGCCUUUGCUGGUCCCUUUUCUGCCCUUUUCUGACCAUCUGAACCUGGUGUCCCUGGACCCCACCUGCUCAUUUUCAGUCCUCAGGGCCGCAUACCGACGUGCCCCCCAUCUCGAUGUCCUCCUUGUGUUUACGAUGCCCUUUGGUCCCUCCCCAGCCAGAGCAUCCUCUUGUUCUUCAGUCUCACCUGUCCUGGUGGCUACCUCAUGUUGCCUAAUGAACAAAUCCUACACUGAACUUCAUGUUUGCCCCCUCCUGUGGCUUCCCUCUGCCAGGGCAUGGCCCCGCCAGCCUUCUGUGGAGGCCUCUCAGGACAGGCUGCAGGCUCUGCCUUGAGUCACCUUCACCCUGCACUCCCCACAGUGGCUGCCCCUUCCCGGGUCUCCAUCGCUUCUCCACAGCUCCAGCAGUCACCCUGGGCUCAGAGACUCAGCUCCACAGAUGGCUGUGUCUCCUCCUGGCACCCAGAGGCACACACAGCCACAGUCUGAAGCCAAACUCCAGACAUUCCUCCCUGGAACCCAGCUUUCCCCGGUCCUGGGUCUCAGAAAUGUCACCACCAUCCAUCUAUCUGUCCCUUCAGCUCUGCAGGCCAAGGUCAUCCUUGUGGCCAGUUCCUGUGGGUUUGGCCUCUCUUCUCCAUGUCCCCCCAGUCACCUCUGUCUAGGUCAGCACCUUAGAUCAGCCUAACCCAACCACUUCCUCUCGACCAGACCCUAGGCAAUGUCAUUCCACCUUCCGAUCUGUCCCCCAGUUCACCUCCAGAUGUUUAAACCAGAAGUCAGAUCAGGACACCGAGAGAACCAGGGAAGCUGAGUAGCUGGACCCCAGGUGCCGGUCCCUGGAGCGCUGCUUCCUGGCCUGGGACUAGCAAGCAUGGAGGCCACCUUGCUGCAGGCUGCAGGAGGGUGCUGUGGCCAGGAGCAGCAGUUUCUCAUGUCCUGCCUUAUUUAAUAAGCUUUGCUGUGACUUCUGCUCACAGAGCUUGCUGUGGCCAUGCUGUCUGUGGACCAUCAGCCCAGCAAUGCCCAAUUCCUACUCGGCACCCAUGACUGCUCCAGCUAUUCCAAAGGGCUGGCACAGAGCUGAAAUGGGUUUUCAGACAAAAUCAAUUAAUUUUCAUGCCAGUUUUUUGUUCCCCCAAAGGUGGUUAUUUUUGUGUAGAAAAAUUAUCUGCAGGCUUGCUUUGGUUUUAAAAAGUAAUGUAUUAAAUUUUUUUCUCAGGCUUUAAACUUAAGCCAGCAAAGUAAGUGGAAGGGAUCCUGGGUGUGCAUUACACACACGUGUGUGCACACACUCAGCAUGUGGCAGCCCUAGUGGUCACAGAUCAGAGCGUGGAUUCAGCUCACUCUCUGGGAGGUGCAGCCGGCUUCUCUGGCCCUCACAGGGACCGUGCAGGGUGAUCCUUGCAGUGCCUCCAGAAAAGGCUGACGUGGACCCCAGGCUGCAAUGCACCCACUGGAGAAGCUGAGGCAAAAGCCCAUCUUAGUCAGUUUUCUGUUGCUAUAACCAAAUACAAUAAUCUAUAAAGAACAGAAGUUUAUUUGGCUCAUGAUUCUAGAAACAAUCCCAGCCUUUUAUGUUUUUUAUAAUUUGAGGCAGAGUCUUGCUAAGUCUCAGACUGCCCAGGCUGGACUCCAGCUUCGUGUUUUCCUUCCUGGGUCUCCCAGAGGGUCACAGGCACAUGCCACUCUGGGUUUCUCUUCCUGUUCUCAUAGAACCAUUCAUGACACACAGGGACAUUGCCUUCAUGACCUUGGUUGGGCCUAUUCACCUCCCUAGGUUACCUCCAGAUGCCAUCAGUGUGUCCCUUUGAGGGCUUCAGGGUGGCAAUUGCAGGGUCUCCUCGGUCCUCCCCCUUGCUCGAGCAGUUGCACACUUACAGGACAAAGAGUGGUCCUGCAGGAAUGGUUCCCCACCCGCCAAGGAGAGGCUCAGACACUUCAUAUUCGCUUGAAAUAAAGCGAAUCAGAUCCGACAUCUAUGGAGCAGGUGUGUGUUUUCCACCAGCAAAAGCUUUGUGUUACAGUCCUCUCCAUCAUUUGGCCUGAGGACACAGUUGUGAGAGAAAAGCCAGGCUGCAGUGACAGCCCUGAGGUCACGUGCUAAGAGCCCACGGCUCUUCGAUAGAGGAAAUUAUUCAGCAGCCCGAUUUAAUCCUGCAGCUGCCCUGCAUCGAGCUAAAAAUAGAUGAGAUGAAGUUUGCAUUUUACCCCGUGUCUCCCAUCCGGAAGUGUUUUUGUUUGUUUGUUUUUAAGAAUUAAUUUUCAGCUUUUGUCAUAGUGGAGUGGCAGGUUAGGCACUUCCAGGCUGCGAUUUUCCGGGGCUUUCUGCCUUGCUCAGGGUGUCUCUUCAGGGGCCUGCCAGAGAGGAAGGAGUUGCUGUCAGCUCCUGGGUCCUCUGGGGAUGUCCCCAAGGAGCUGUCCACACCGGCACCGCAGCUUCCAUCUGUGACAGUGGCCAGCCAGCAGUGACACUAAGUCCCUUCCAUGUUGUUUCCUGAAGCCUCUGAUUGAAAGUUGUUUGCUUUUGUUCUCUGUGGCCCAGACCUGUCUGCGGCCCUCAGGAAAAGGCACCAUGCCAGGUACAUUUAGAAUAAACUCUUCAGGAUAAGCCCUCUGCUAUGGGAGAGGCUCCUCUGUCCUCUGUGGGAGAACGUACGGGAAGGUUUUGUGGCUGUGGGUGCUGGAAAUUCAGAAACAUGAGUUUCUCUCCAUUUUUCUGUGUUUGGAGUUCAGGGCCCACGAUGGGACUGUCAGGUGCCCUCAGAUCAGCCCUGAGGUGAAGAGCGGAGCCAUCCUCUCUGGUGUAGGGUAAAGAGUCACCCUGGGAUGCAUCUGAACAAAAUGCUCAUUUUUCAUCCAUUUAGCAACUAGACACUUGCCAGGAAUAGUGGCACACACCUGUGAUGCCAGCACUUGGGAGGCUGAGACAGAAGGACCGCCGUGAGUUCAGUGUCAGCCUGAACUGUGUAGUGAGGCGCUGUCUCCAAAACAAAACAAAACAAAACAAACUCACUGCCUGUCAGACACAAUCAAUUGCUUUUAAAUAUAGAUAGAGAAGAACUGGGGUGGCCGCUCAGUGGUAGAAUGUUUGUCUGGCGUGGGUAAAGCUAACUGAGCAAAUAGAAUUAAGGAAAUUGAUUUCAUUAGCAUGGGUUUUUUGUUUUGUUUUGCUUUGUGUGUUUCAAUACUGGGGCUUGGAGCCAGGGCGUGUACACUAAGCUGCACCCCAGCCCACCCUCCUUUUUUAUUUCUGAAUCUUGAGACAAGAACUUGAUAGGAUGGGCUCCAGCUUGCGAUCCUCCUGCUUCAGGCUCCCAGAGCGCUGGGACAGCAGGGCUGUGCCACCACACCUGGCUCGUUUCUUUCCAGUUUUUGCGUUUUGGUGCUGGGCCCGAACCCCAAGCCUGUCUCACUAAGCCACACUGGGUCGUGUCAUUUGCACCAUCCUCUCUCCUGUCCCCUUCACCAGUCUGAGAGAUCAGUUCCCACGUGUGCAGAGUGUAGGUGGCCAGCAUGGUGCCCAGACAGCUGGGGACAUAAACGCCAGGAAUGCUGGCACAGAGGGCUCACCCUUCAGUCCCCAAAGAAGAAAAACCAAGGAAGUAGUCACACCUGUGGUUAUAUCCUGCUGUAUGAAAAUACUUGUGGGGUUGACCUCGUUUACUUGGGCAAAUGUGACAUCAUAAAGAUCCAACACCACUGGAAAUUGGCACCAACAGGAGGUCUUUGUCAUCAAAUUUUGCUUUUCCUAAAAGAUAAGAAAUGAAAAUGAAAUGAAAUGUCAUGGAAUGAUAUUUAAAUAAUGUCAUUUCCUUGUAUGCUAAGGGAAUCUUUCAGAGUCUUAGGUACACUUUUGGGAGUGGGCAUACAUAUUUAUUUAUGAUUUGUUCGCUAUAGUAUUUAUCUUUAAUGAAAAUGUUGACAUAGGAUCAUGCUCUUCACUCGGGUACUUUUGAGUUGUAAAUAUCCGUGAUAGUCUUGGUUCGUCCCCCCAAAAAUCAGCUGUGUGCAAUUGAAACCGGAUCAUGUUUUUUUAUUUUCACACUGAUAUUUUCUAUAUUUAUUUUGUGUUAGGAGAAGUAUUUUUUAAAUUGAGCUGUGGUUUUAUAUGUGUAGGAAACUACGCUGAACAAUCUCGAUGUGAUAAUCUUUGUAAGCUGUGAGGACUUCUGGUUUCCCUUGGAUCUAGAAGCGAUGCAGUGGUGCUUUACGGUUGCAAGGUCUUUACAGGGCUCCUGAUGGGGACCCUAAGUCAAGGACAUCAUGAGAUGGGCACCCUUUGGAAUUUUGUUCUCUCAGGUAUAUUUUCUAUCAUUUAAGAUUAAGAAACCAAGGCUCGUGAGUUGAUCUGAUUGGACUUUUGGAGUCUUAAUGAUGUCAUCUUUCAAGUACAGAUUGGAUCCCUGCUCUGUCAAAGUGUCAUUCAAAGGAAAUAAAAGGCUGAAGCAGAUUAUUAGUACUA